AUGAGAAAAUGUGCUAUAAAAGGUCCAAAAACGCUUGAAAAUAGAGAUUUAAGUGAUGUGGAUUUUAAUAGCGAAGAAAGCGGAGAUGAAUUGUCAAUACAGUUUCAAUCGGAUGAAUUUCGCACCGAAGCGCAAAUUAUUCAUAAAAAAUGUUUUGAUUGCGGAAACUUUAGGACUAAUUUUGCAUGGUGUCACUCUUGUGAAACUACCUGGUUUAAGGAAAACUAUUCAAGAUGGACAACUGGCGAUUUGCAGCUUGAUUCAAUUAUACAAAAAAGCCAAGCCGAAGCAAAUAUAAGCGGCGAUUAUCUUGAAUACAUUCCUUUCGAACAAUUUGAACUGGUUGAAUUCUAUAAAGCUGGGACAUUUAGUGAAAUUUAUUCUGCUAUUUGGUUAGAAGGACCUAAGUGGGAUUGGAAUGAAGACAUUCAGGCUUGGUCGCGGGGUGGACCAAUAAAAGUAGCGUUGAAAAAAUUUAAAAAUUCUCAAAACUUGAGCAAACAAUUCUUGGAAAAUCUACGAAAAUAUCAUCAUUGUCUCCAAUCAGGUAGUGUGGCAGAUACCUUCGGCAUUACGAAAGAUCCAAACGGGUCGUUUAUGUUUGUAAUGAGAUUUUAUGAGAAUGGUGAUUUGAAUAAUUACAUUAAAAAUAUUAAAGAUAUUAGCUGGAAAGAUAAAAUUGAUUUAUUAUGGGGAAUUACAGCUGGCUUGGAAAAUAUUCAUAGAUCUGGUCUUUAUCAUGGAAAUCUACACGCACCAACUGGAAUCAGUGAAGAAUUUAAUGACGCUGAGGAUAGAAGAUGUGAGGCUUUGCAAAUACAAAAAAACACAUCACAAGAAAUUCAUAAAGAUGCGUUUUAUAUAAGUCGAUUUUUUGAUUUUCCAGAACUUAAAGAAAAAUGUGGUACCAAUAUUACAUAA